AUGGCUCAAAAAACUGGAACACCGUUGGAAGGUUUACCCCAAACAAUUAAUUAUGUCACCUCUCUUCGCGAUGUACGCGUCAAAAUUCCUCAUGCUGCGCGCCGUGGCGAGAAAGUGACACUGAAGUGUCUGUAUGAUUUGGAGGGCGACAGUCUCUAUUCGGUUAAAUGGUAUAAAGGAAGACGCGAAUUCUACAGUUUUACACCCAAAGAAACGCCCGCCAUUAAAGUCUACCAAAUCACGGGCGUGAGAGUGGAGCGUUCUGCCUCCAAUGAAAGCCAAUUGGUCUUGGAUUCGGUCACUGUGUCCACCACUGGCAAAUACAGUUGUGAAGUUUCCGCGGACGCGCCAUCCUUUCACACAGAAAUCUCCGCCGGCGAACUGGAAGUGGUUGAAGUACCGGGAAAAGAUCCGAUUAUCACAGGCAUAAGACCGCGCUAUCGUGUGGGUGAUAUAGUACGCGGCAACUGUACGUCGCGCCAUUCAAAGCCAGCAGCGAAUUUGACAUGGACGAUUAAUGGACGAGAGACGAACCCUUCUCACAUACGGCACCACAAACCACUGCGAGAGGCACGCGAACUGGAAACGGCUAUUUCGGGCAUACACUUCGUGGUCACACCGCAGCACUUCAGUGGCGGGAAGUUAAAGAUACGCUGCACUGCGCACAUCCACGAUGUCUAUUGGAAAUCCACUGAAAAAUCGAUUGAGGAAGAACGCCACAAGCACAACAUAAACUCAGUGAACUCCUUCUCAGAAGAUUAUUUUGAUUUAGAGGAAGAACAGCUGGUUGAUCGUUCCGACACUUACAUGACGCAUAUAAAGGGUGCUGUCUCAUCCUUGAAUGCCAAUGGAGCUGCACAACAACACUUUCACUGUAUGCCAUUGCUCAUGCGUUGCACAGCACUAGCGCUGGCGGCCUGGUAUGCUCAGCGAUAUUUUCAACAAUUAUGCCAACAAUUGUUUGUUGGGCGAAAAAGAAUGGCGCCAAAGGCAACAACAAUACAAACAGGCCAAACAAUAAAAGCAACAAAAGCAGCGGAAGAAAGGUCCAUAGUGACAGCCAAAGGGCAACUAUUAAGUGGAGCAAGUGCCGAUGAGGAAGCUUCAAAAGCGGUAAUAAUGAAAACAACAAAUAAAACAAGAACUGCAACAACAACAACAGUAGCAGAUUUAUCUGCCUGCCACGACUGGGCAGUUACAGCCGAGCAAACAAAACAUCGGACGCGAAAUGAAACGACGAAUUCGCAAUUAAUAGAGAAAAUAAAUGUUCAGCAACAACAACAACAACAGCAGCAGCAGCAACAUCAGCACCAAAUUAAAAUUGAGUGCGAAAAAAGGCUAGCAACACAAAAGCAAACACUCCAACUACAAAAGCACUUGGCGCGAGGGGCGGCAACACUAAAAACAAUGCGAGUAGCAAUUAAAGCGAAAAGAAUACCAACAACAACGACAAAGACAAAAGCUGAAACACCAGCGAAAAUGACGUUUGUGAAUGCAUCGACGGUAACGACAUGAUUUAAUUGCCG